AAGUCGAGCUUAGGCGGCCCCAUUCAGAGAGACCGGAACUGUUCAGAAAGACCACCUAUUAAGUCCAAUAGCUAGUUAGUUAGCUAGAAGAUGCGCAGCUUAGAACUAGGCGCUGUUGGAUUGCUGCUGCUGGUGGCUGGUGUUGCAGCACAAGGCACCAAAUAUGGUCUCUGGACGCCGGAUCGCGCCCACGCCGACGCACAGCCCAUACAGUGGACGGGCGGACAGUUUGAAUUUCCCUGCGCCAGCACCAAAUCAUUGUUUAAGAGCUCGGGCAAGUACAUUGCGAAGAAUGUGAUAGCGACGCGUGCCCAGCUCAUUGGUGAUAACAUCUUCUUGGCACUGCCACGCUACCGGAAAGGUGUGCCAGCCACUCUGGUGAAGACCAGCGUUCAGCCGGGCACCUGUUCCACCACCUUUAAGCCCUAUCCCUGCUGGGAUCUGCAGGAGGAGGGCAACUGCAAGGCUCUGCAAUCGGUCGUCGAUCUGGUAGUGGAUCAGAACGAAGUGCUCUGGGUGCUCGAUACCGGUAUUGUGAAUACGCUGGAGAAACCAAUACGCAAGUGUCCGCCCAAAGUGGUGGCCAUGUCUGUGAAGACGGGCAAGGUGCUAAAGACUGUGUCCCUGGAGGGCCUCACCUCCAGCAGUUCACGCUUGCAGUAUCUAGUGGUCGACUAUGCCCCGGAUGGUGGUUGCUUCAUCUAUGUCAGCGAUGCGGCCAAUCGUGCGAUCAUUGUCUAUAACCUGCAAGCGGAUCGCGGCUUCAGAGUUGUGCUGCCCAAGGCCGUGUCGGCGGGCUGCCGCUCCCGGGAUGUGCUCUAUAUAGCCCUGAUACGUCGCGACUGUGGUUCCACAGAGCUCUACUUCACAUAUCUCAGCACCAGCAAGCUAUUCUCCCUGAAAUCCGAAUAUUUGCGUAGCGGUGUGGCCGAUGGACGCAUAUUGGAUCUGGGCAAGAAACCCACACGCAUGGUCAUCAUUGGCACAGACAACGGUUCGGCCAUUUUCUUCCGCAAUGAGGGCGAUGCCGAGGUCUAUCGUUGGGACACAAAUUCUACGUUCAGCGAGAACAACUUUAAGCCCGUUUACCGCAGCCAGACCUGUCAACUGGUGACGCAUGCCAUACCCGACUACAAGCGCAAUACGAUGCGUGUGCUGCAGAGUAAUUUUCCGGAUUAUAUGCAGAAUCGCAUCGGCUGCGGUGCCAUUCAGCAGCUUAGUCAGAUGCAGGGAUGUUGGUAGCGGGAAUCAGAAACAACGUCCUUAGCCACAGCCAACGGCGAUUAGACCACAUACGGAUGCAGGCACACAAACACAAACACCUACACACACGCACACACAUAUAUGUACACACACACACACACACACACACACACACUCACACUCACGUACACAAGCGUAAUUUUAAUGCAACGGCAACUCGUUGGAAUGUAGUUGCGGCAGCUGCUUUGCAGACUCUGCAUGAAGUUUUCAAAUUGCACUCGAAGCUGUUUUUGAAAAUUGCUAACAGUCGAUGGCCCCUUUAAUGUACAUAAGCCAACGACUUUAGUUUCGUUAUCUAAGUUAAGGCAAUAAGUGUUUUUUAAUGUAAAUAGAAGACAGUAUUGAGUUUUAUUUUAAA